UUCAUUCAUUAACAGACUUUCAACUGGCACGUACGCGUCGUCGUCGUCCGCCGUCGGUUCCGUUCCGUGGUCAAUCUUUGAGGGAGCAGGAGUGUCCUCUGCCGAACCACCCGAAUUCCCCCUGCCAAGCGCGAUUACUCUCGUUGUGUGACGUGUGUGUUUUUCUGUGCGUUGUGGAAAUUUUCGAUUCGGGAGGAAAAGCUGAAAUUUGACUUCGUCGCGAUCCGGAUUUUUACGGGAGCAGCUGGAACCGUUUUGCCAGCAGCAGCGGGGUUCGCACGGUCGUGUGUGUGUGGAUGAAAAGUAGUCGUUCUGUGGCCAACAGCGUCGUGGCAGCCCAGUUCCGUGGAGGCGCCGCCGUGAGGACCGACCCCGACCGAAAACGGGGGCAGAAGAUGGUCCCGGGGACAAAGUGGCACUCCAAGGGCAACGACCACCAGAGCGGGUUCCACCGCGGUCAGUGAAGAAGAGGCAGAAGCAGGUCUGCUGGUGAGAGUGGAAAAAGUUGGAAAUUGUACGAAAAAUCGAAGGAAAAGUUUGUGGGAAAAGGCAAAUUGCCACGCGAAAAAAGAGGAAAAUUUAACUACAAAAUUAUACGAAAGGAAGAAAAUCGCAUUUGAAAAAGAGGAAAAACUCCUCUCGCAAAAGAAAAGAAGUGAUUGUAAAAAUUUUGUAAUAUAUUUUUCCAACUUGGAAAGUUUCUGUUCCUCCCUUCACACAAUUUUGAGAAGCAGCGCAAGCGAGACAGCUUGUAACAUACACACACACACACAGUCAGUCAGAAAGUGUGGUGUGCGUGGCGUGCCAGAGCGAGCCAGCAAGUUGAGCAACGUCACUGUCAUAUUUGUGUAUCUCUGUGUGUGUGCCCGUUUGUGUUGCCACCUCACGGCUAAAAUGGUGGCUCGGGCCGAUUUGUGAAUGUGUUUGUGUCUAGCCACAGUUCAGCCAAGUAAAUUUGUGUGCAUUUGUGUGUGUGCGUGUUUUGGUGUGAUGGCCGAAGCGAAGAAGAAGCAAAAGCAGCAACAACAAUAACAAGAGCACACAGCGGCCCAGCAACGACAAAAACAACAGCUCGGUCGACGAGUUUAGCGGAUUUGUUCAUCUGAACAAAACAUUUUAAAUCUGUGUCAAAAAGAUUAAUCAGUAAACACAAAAAUCAAACAUGUGCAUCAAACAAACUUUACGUGGAACUAUUAUAAUCAACCAAACUCAAAUAUCGCUGCAAAAUAACUGUUCAAACUCGACGCAGAUAAACCGUUUGUAGAAAGUCCUUAACAAAGAAGGCUCUAGUUCGAUCCUACCUCGUCGUAUCUCUUCACCAUCGUAAAGUGUAGUGUCGUCAACUUCCCCGCCCCCUCCGUAAAAUUCCCGGAUGCGUGUAGGCGUGGCCGCAAAUGAAAACGUCGCACUUCCGGUCCAGUUACGACGACUAUUCCGGUCGGCAACCACCACCAGCGUUGACCUCGGCUGAGCGCCAUUACGAGCAACAAUUUGGCGAAUCCCGCGAUCAUCAUCUCAACCACCGACUAAUAGCCGGCAGAAUCGGUGAAGGUUAUCCUGUGCCGAAACUAGGGGAGAUUUGUGCCCUGUCAUCACCGCCGUCGUCGUCGCAGUUUUUGGAGGAACGUAAACAGCAACAGCAACAACUUGCCAGAGUGGUUAGCUAUCAAGAUCUCCAGUAUUCCGGUGGCCAGACUUCCCCCACUGGGCGGCACCAAUUGUCUAUUGCGUCGUCGUCGUACGGGCAGAUCAAGCUUGAAAGUUUGUCCUCACCAACCCGAGCGUUCCGAUUAGAACCCGCGGACGAGGUUGAGCUGCCACCUCCACCUCCGCCAGCAGUCGUCCGAUCGAGUGCGGUUGUCCCAGACGGUGGCCGGCAUCCAUCCGUCAUCUACGAAACGUCGUCGUCGUCGUCGCGCUAUGAUGGUGGAUUGAGUUCUCUCAGACAGAACCAGCAGCAGCACCAUCCAGAGCAGCAGCUACCGAACAACGGUAAUCUGCAGCAGCAAGAAAUUGAAUAUCUCCAGAAGGGAGCAGCAUCAGCAGUAACUGCAGCUAAGCGCAAGCGAGAUACAGCUGAGUGCGACUGUGGUUGCGUCGAGAGUGCUACAGUUGUGGUAACGACCACGACUCACAAUAACAAAAACAACAACACCAUCAGCACUAGCAGCAGCGGUGGCAGUGUUGCCAACCACAAUAGCAGUAGCAACAGCAACAACAACAAUAGUAUCAACAAUAGCGCCAAGGACAGCGGCGGCGUCGUCGUCGUCGUAGCGGGGGCUAUGGGCGCCCCAUCCAACGGUUCCAAGACGGCGGCACACUCGAAGGUCGCAACCGGGGGCCAUGCCAACACGCAGCAGACCUCGAGCAAGCGCUCGAGCAGCGGCGCCGACGGGGACUACCAGCUGGUGCAGCACGAGGUCCUGUACUCGCUGUCCGCGCAGUAUGAGGUGCUGGAGUUUCUCGGCCGGGGCACGUUCGGCCAGGUGGUGAAGUGCUGGAAAAAGGGCACCAGCGACAUCGUCGCGAUCAAGAUCCUCAAGAACCACCCGUCGUACGCGCGCCAGGGCCAGAUCGAGGUGUCGAUUCUGUCGCGGCUCUCGCAGGAAAAUGCCGACGAGUUUAACUUCGUGCGGGCGCUCGAGUGCUUCCAGCACAAGAACCACACCUGUCUGGUGUUCGAGAUGCUCGAGCAGAACCUGUACGACUUCCUCAAGCAGAACAAGUUCUCGCCGCUGCCGCUCAAGUACAUCCGGCCGAUCCUGCAGCAGGUUUUGACGGCGUUGUUAAAAUUAAAACAACUCGGUUUAAUUCACGCUGAUCUGAAGCCCGAAAACAUCAUGCUGGUCGACCCGGUCCGGCAACCGUACAGGGUAAAGGUGAUCGACUUUGGCUCGGCGUCCCACGUCAGCAAAACGGUGUGCAAUACGUACCUGCAGUCGCGCUACUACCGGGCGCCCGAGAUCAUCCUCGGGUUGCCGUUCUGCGAGGCCAUCGACAUGUGGUCGCUGGGCUGCGUCGUGGCGGAGCUGUUCCUUGGGUGGCCCCUCUAUCCCGGCUCCUCCGAAUAUGAUCAAAUUAGGUACAUAUCGCAAACGCAGGGCCUCCCGACCGAGCACAUGCUCAACAGUGCCAGCAAGACGGCCAAGUUCUUCUACCGGGACGUGGACUCGACGUACCCCUUCUGGCGGCUCAAAACGCCCGAGGAGCACGAAGCGGAGGCGAACAACAAAAGCAAGGAGGCUCGCAAGUACAUCUUCAACUGCCUGGACGACAUCGGGCAGGUGAACGUCCCGACGGACAUCGAGGGUGGCCAGCUGCUGGCGGAGAAGACGGACCGGCGGGAGUUUAUCGACCUGUUGAAGCGGAUGCUCACGAUCGACCAGGAGCGCCGGAUAACGCCGGGGGAGGCGCUGAACCAUCCGUUUACGACACUUGCGCACCUGGUGGACUACGCGCACUGUAACAACGUGAAGGCGUCGGUGCAGAUGAUGGAGGUUUGCCGCCGGACGGACUCGAUGAUUCACACGUACAACCUCAGCGUUCAACCAACGACCGCCACCCUGGUGACGAACUUUGUCCCGAACGCCACCGAGAACAUGACCAUCACGUUCAACAACCAGGUGCAGCGAAUCGUCCGUGAGCGUGGUCCCACCUACGACAACCAUCUCUAUCAAAUCUACCGGGGUCGUAACGUCGCCGGUCAGUACAGCAACGGCCGACCGGACGCCUUCCAGCAUCAGCUCGUGUCGAGCAUUCUGUGCCCGCCCGGCUACCAAACCAUGCCCAGUCCGACCAAGCACGUGGUCGUGGGCGGAACGUCGAUGCAACCGCCGCUGCAGGUCCCCCCGCAGCAGUACGUCAACGUGCCGGUGCCGGUCUCGAUGGUGGAACCCUCGUCCGGGCAGCGGAUGCUGCUGACGAACGCCGUUCAACCGAACGUGGCGUGGCCCCAGAGCGGGGGUCGGCAGGUUGCGAUCGUGCCAUCGUGGUCACAGCAGACGGGGCCGCACUCGCUGAUUGUCGACUCGGCGCCGUUCCUGAACGUGGAGGAGAUCUAUCCGAAGCCGCACCUCAACAUUCAGACGAGGCACGAGCAGAAGAAGGACUCGCCGGUGCAUCAUUUGGUCGUUUCCCGCCACGACAAAAAGGAAAACAACCAGCUUUCGCCGGUCAAGAAGCGCGUCAAGGAGAACACUCCGCCGCACCAGCAGCAACGCUACAACCAGCAACAGCAGCAGAGUCGCGGGGCACACAUGUGCCAACAGUACCACGACGGCGGAGCUUCCGCAGCGCCGUCCUCAUCGUCCUCGUUCUACCACGGCGGCAGUGGCAGCGGAAGUAGUAAUCAGCUGCAGCAACAACAGCAGCAGCAGCAGCAACAACAACAGCAACAGGCUCAGAUUCAGCACCAUCAUCAGCAACAGCAGGUCCAGCAGCAGCAGCAGCAACAGCAACAACAGCUGCAACACCACCAUCACUACCAAUCGCUGGAACCUUCGAUGGGUGGCGGCGGCGGAGGAGUUGGUUCGGGAAAUGUACAAAUUCAUCAUCCGCCGUCCUCGUCGUACGGAAGCGGUGGCAGCAGCGGAAUGGUCAUGGGCGGUAGCAGCAGCAGCAGCUUCCACCACGGAUCGUCCGGCCACAUUCACCACAGCAGCGGAAGUCACGGCGGCCACAAACAGCAGACAAUAACGAUCCACGAUACGCCGUCGCCGACGGCGGUCAUUACGAUUUCGGACAGCGAGGACGAGUCGCCGGACGUGAAGAAGUCGUCCAAGCAUCACGCGUCAACGAGCAUGUGUGGCGCCGGCAGCCGUGGAAUGUCCUCGACGAGCCAGUGCCGAACGGCGGGAGGUUCCAGCUGUUCCGCCGCCAUCAAGCCCUCUUCGUCGUCGUCCAACAUUCAUCACUCAUCUUCCUCGUCAUCGCUGGGGGCGGCGGCUGCCGCGAAUCAGUCACUGACUUCCGGCAGCAGUUCGCAUCAUCAUUCGCAGUAUCAGCACAGCUUGCAGCAGCAACAGCAGCAACCGCCGCAGCAACAUCCGCAGCAGCAUCACACCAGCGUGAUUAGCAGUGGAAGUCAAAUUUGCGGCGCGGGAAGUGGUGGUGGCAGCAGUAGUACCGGAACGCUGUCCGGCAGGCAGCGGAAGAGCACGGCGGUGGCGUCCACUUCGACGUCGACGGCCUGUGUGACGGUGGGCGAUAGCGACGGGGAGAACGAUCGCCGGAAUACGCCGAAGCAUCAAGCUAUCAAAUACGAGCAUCACGCGGGUCAGUCCCAGAAGAAGCGCCUCCUAGCUAUGGCCCAGAACGAGUGUCUGCUGGCGUCGUCGUCAUCCUCGACGACGAACCACACGCUGCACGUGCCCAAGCAGGAACCGACCGAGUUUGUCGCGUACGAAUAUCCCCAGGUGGACAAACGCUCCUCGUGGGCCCCGCCCGGUUCGUCCUCGUUGUCGUCCUCGCAUCACUACAGUGGCCACAAGCGGGAAUCGUCCGCCGUGUACAUGCCUUCGUCAUCCUCCUCCUCGUCCGCAGCCGCAGCAGCUGCCGCCGCGGCAAACCAGAGCAUGAUGGGAAGUGGCGGCAGCAUGUCGGGAGCGACCGUUGUGGCGGCACCGCCGCACGCCCACGCCAAGAACACUCCCACCGGUGUCGCCGGAGGCAGUUCGUCGUCGUCGUCGUGGGGAGCGCCGGUCUAUCGGCAGCAUCAACCCAGCUCGAACACGCCGCUGGGAAGUUCGCCGGGAGCGUUGCUGCCCCAGCAGGACAUUUACGCCGCCCAGGGGGACAUCUACCGGCGGUCGGCGGUGUUUGUGUCGCAGGCGCCGUACCAGACGUACAACCGGGUGGUGCCACCGCCGGCCCACAACGCGUCCAGCAGGCAGGUUCUUCCAGCGCACCCGCUGCCGGCCCACAUCCAGUUCCCGACGCAGUACAGCCAGUUUGGUCCGCUGAGCCCGGCCCAGAUCGCCAACAAGCACUACGCUUGGUUCGGCGAGUAAAGCGGCCGCCGUCAUCACCCCCUCUCACUCUUUCCUGUAAAUAGGGCGGCUUACCCGACUAGGAUCGGGUAUCCGCGGGUCUCCGUUUCGUUUUUAAUCCUUACUUAGUCACACACACAUGGUUUGAGUUUAGCUGAGAAGAGAUAGAAGGUAGAAUUUUUUUUUCGAUUCGCGUUUUUUAGAACAAAAAAAAAAUAAGUCUGUCUCAAUUGCCUUAUACACUAUACUCUAAAACACACUCACACACACGCAGUUCAGAUUAUAACAGAAAAACAUUAUCUCUAGUAGCUAGUGAGUACGAGUCUAUUUUUUUAAUUGUCGUUCAAACUCUGAUAUUUUUGUUUCUUCUAGUGAAGUUAAGGUACGCGAUACGAAAAACAUACAAACAAACAAUUAUUAUUACGCGUAGGGUGAAACACACAACAACAACAAUAACUAUUAGUUUAGGGCUUAUUUUUUCUGCGUUUAACCAAUUUACUGCUGCUACCUUAAAAAAAUUACAAACAAAUCGAGUGAAGAAAGUUUUUGCGGGGUGAAAAUCAAGUUGUAGAAUUUAGAAAGUAUAAUAAUUGUCAUUUUAAUCUGCCACCAUCUUUUUCCCCUUCUACAUUUGCUACACAUGCAUAUUAACACACACAUUAUAUUGUAUAUCUCUAGUAGGGGAGAACACGAGUAAAAAGCGAGGAAGUCAUCUUACAGUGCAGCGUUGAGUGAAGGGAAAGUUUUUUGGAAUAUUUGUAUUUUAGGGGGGCACAACUGGAGGAAGAGAAGUAAAA